UUAGCAGUUUAUAUUUACGAAAAUAAUUGUAUUUCCAUAUGAUGUGUACGGGGAGAGCGAAUAUAAUGAAUGCAGGGUCCGGGGAGAGCGGAUAUAAUGAAUGCAGGGUCCAGGGAGACCAGAUCUAGUGAAUGCAGGGUCCAGGGAGAGCGGAUAUAGUGAAUGCAGGGGUCCGGGGAGAGUGGAUAUAGUGAAUGCAGGGUCCGGGGAGACCGGAUAUAGUGAAUGCAGGGUCCGGGGAGAGUGGAUAUAGUGAAUGCAGGGUCUGGGGAGAGCGGAUAUAGUGAAUGCAGGGUCCGGGGAGAGCGGAUAUAGUGAAUGCGGGGUCCGGGGAGAGCGGAUAUAGUGAAUGCGGGGUCCGGGGAGACCAGAUAU